AUGCGCAUCUUGCUCAUCCGACAUGGCGAGUCGGUUGACAAUGUGGCUGGUCUUUAUGCAGGUUCCCGCGACUCGCCCCUCACAAAUCAUGGUGUGCUUCAAAUAAAGAAGUUGGGUGCCUAUAUAGAAAAACGUCGCGACGAGAUUGGCUCAAUUGAGUAUAUCUUCACCUCGACUCUUCAGAGAGCUUAUCAGACAGCUGAAGCUAUCGCCGAUGCCCUCAGCGAUACCAAAGAUCCCCUCGGUAGCGAUCCGUCGGAACCCCGAAAGCCUCCCGAGGUCACUAGGCUACCCGAAUUGCGAGAGAAGGACUACGGAUCGUCUGAGGGUAAAAAAUACGGUGUGAAGGCUGCAAGAACUGCUGAAAACUCAGUGCAAUCGGACUCGGAAACCCAUGAGUCUAUGGGGGCUAGAGUUGACAAGUUUCUUGCUUCCCAUCUAGUCCCAAUUGUCGAUACCCAUACAUCCGAUAAUAUUACUGUCGUUAUAGUGGCACAUGGUAUUAUUCUCGGCGUUCUCUUGAAAGCAUUGCUAGAACGGUUCCCGAAGUUGUCCAAAGCUUGGGGUAAGGACCAGGACAACUCGCCAGAGUACACGGCCUGGAGUAAUACUGGUGUUCUCCAGGCUAAGUUGGAAGUGGUCAAUGACGACUCAACACCACACACCUCGAAAGAAGCCGUGGUUCUUACAAGCUCGGCGUCGUCGAAAGACGACGUUGAUUCUAGUGUACCACCACCUAGGAGGGCAAUGCAGCUAACUGUUGAAUUUACUAACAAUACUGAGCAUCUCGAAGGUCUGAAAAAGACUAGAGGUGGUAUUGGUAGUGCUAAAUUUGACUCGCGACAGCGGACCAUGGAUUCGUUCUUUGGAUCUGCCUUAAAAAAGCGAAAGCUUGAUAAAGCAAACGGCAAAUAA